AGGGUUAACUUCGUAACCUCCCUUUCCAUUCACAAUCUCCAAACAACAAUCAAUGGCGAUAUCGCUUCGCUAACCUAAGCCACCGGCCCUCCCUAGACACAAACCGCCUAUCCAGCUAACCUAAGCCGAGGCGCAUAUUAACCCUGUCCCCCGCACCUUACGCCGAUCACCAUGCCCUUAAACCUUCUCAAACUCACCUCCUCCAUCUACCUCCACAACCACCACCACCACCACCACCAAUGGCUCCGCCGGGCAAUCACCACCGGAAAACCUAGAACACCUCUUCAAUGCUCCGGCUGGUGCAGGAUUACGCAAUUUGCACCUCAAUCACAUGCUAUUAACCACAACGAUAAUAUUAACAACAGGUUAGGGUUUCGUCGUCCCAAAAGUUUCAGAUAUUGUUCCGUGAAUAUGGAAUCUGUGAACAGUGAUAAUAGAGAUCGUGGAUCAUCUGGAUUGCCUACGCUACCGGCGAACGAAAACGGACAUCUUAAACCUCAUCCGUCGCAACAAAAUCCGUCUGCAAAGUUGCUGACGUUGCCUACGAUUUUGACUAUUGCUCGAGUCGCAUCUGUUCCUCUUUUGAUUAGCACAUUUUAUAUGGAUAGUCGGUUUGGAACGAAUGCUACGACCUGUAUUUUCAUUGCUGCAUCAGUUACGGAUUGGCUUGAUGGCUAUUUAGCAAGAAGAAUGAACUUAGGAACUGCGUUUGGUGCGUUUUUGGAUCCGGUGGCUGAUAAGCUUAUGGUUGCCGCUACAUUGGUUUUGUUAUGUACAAGACCUCCAGAAGCUGCUAUAUUUGGGCAACUACCGUGGUUAUUGACUGUACCAGCAAUUGCAAUAAUUGGCAGAGAGAUAACAAUGUCCGCGGUUAGAGAAUGGGCUGCUUCUCAAGGGAGUAAACUUUCGGAGGCUGUAGCUGUAAAUAAUUUGGGGAAGUGGAAAACAGCCACACAAAUGAUUGCGUUGACCAUUCUUCUUGUGAUUAGAGACAGCAGCUUUACAGAAGCAGGGUUUCUGGGUGCAACGGGUGUUGGUUUUCUUUACAUAUCAGCUAUGCUAGCCGUAUGGUCAUUAGUUGUGUAUAUGAAGAAGAUAUGGAGAGUAAUGCUGAUGUAACACCUUGGAGAACUUACUGCUGACAAAUCAUGCUAUUAUAGAAGCCCAAAAGCUAUAUUUCUACCUAGCAAUUACAUCUUGUAUUUUUUUUUGUUUGGAAGCUCAGUUCACUAGUUUUGUUGACAUAAUACAUAAAGAAACAUUUUUGUGGUUCAUAAGUUGUAUUCUUGGUAUACUAGAAAAUGGUUAUUUUUGUGAAUUUCUAAUUAUACCGGAUUUCUGGUCAUUGCUUUUAAAGAGACCCGAAACUAGUUAAUCAUGCUAUCCUUACCUUCUAACCAAUCGGCCAAUCACGCUAUCCUUACCUUUCAACCAACCCCUUCGAUUCAGUUUCUGCAGCAGUAUAAAAUCUCGGACCCGAUGGAUGCCUACAUAAUUUUUUUUUUUUCCAGCAGUGGCAAGAAUCCGCGAAAUAAUGUUCUUUCUCCUUUUUGUGUUCUUUCUGAAUGGAGCUACGCGAGGGAAAGCUCAGCUUUCUACUCUGCCGCAAAAGGGGGCCGCUUUCUUCCCCCCAAAAAUGCCAGUUCCGCCGUCAGGGCCUAGCAAGAAGCAUAUUCUGUUCCAAAGCUUCGUUUCAUUCCAGCAACAGUAGUCUAUGGUUCGAAGCGCCGUGUUCCAUCCGGCGCGAAUCCUCUCCAUAACUGUAUAGUGGAGGUCUUACUUGUAUUGCAAUAAUGAAAAGAUGACAGUGACUUUAUCCUAGCUAAGAAAGGUAAUCGAUCCCAGCUUAAACUUUUUACUUGGUAAAGUAUAAGGUUCUACCGAAGCAGGGAAGCUCUAGGGAUUUGCUAACCAGUGUGAAGUUGCCUUCGAGUUGGGAAAAGCAUUUACAUGGAGUCGGCUAUUCCUGAUUCAGCAAAGGAAAGAAGCCUUGAUCCCAAGACUAGCUGCGUCUUUUUUCGACUAGUGAGUUGACCUCCACUAUACUAGUUAUGGAGAGGAUUCGCGCCAGAUGGAACACGGCGCUUCGAACCAUAGACUACUGUUGCUGGAAUGAAACGAAGCUUUGGAACAGAAUUAUGCUUCUUGCUAGGCCCUAACGGCGGAACUGACAUUUUUGGGGGGAAGAAAGCGGCCCCCUUUUGCGGCAGAGUAGAAAGCUGAGGUUUCCCUCACGUAGCUCCAUUUAGAAAGGACACAAAAAGGAGAAAGAACAUUACCAAAUUAUGGUCAUUAUUUGUAUAGCUGUAUGGUCAUUAUUUGUAUAUACGAAUAAGAUAUGGAAAGUAAAGCUGAUGUAACAUUGGAGAACUUACUGCUGACCAACUAUGCUAUUCUUGAAGCCCAAAACCCAUUUUUCUUCCGAGCAAUUAUAUUUGUAGUUCUUUUUUUGUUUGUUUGGAUGCUUGGAUGUUCACUAGUUAUAUUGCCACAAUACAUAAAGAAACAGUUUUGUGGUUAUUAAGUUGUAUCCUUGAUAUA